CUCGACUUUUCCGCUGCUCCCUCGUCGUUGUUCCUACCAUCGUCGUCGUCGUCAUCGGCGAUGGCGGCUGUCUUGUCAGCCAUAAACUCCGAGUCCCCCCCUGCCACACCAUCAGCACGCUCUCUUCUUUAUGGAAUCCCAGGAAUCCGAGGACAGACCUCACCCUUCCCUACGACACCGACAACGACUCAAGGAAACUCCGUGUUGGAGGCACCAGCUGGCAUGAUCUACCGAGAAUUCAUACGAACAUGGUCGGACAUGCAUGUUGCAAGAUGGCUCGCAGAUAUCAAAUGCUCCAGUCAUGCUACUACAUUCCGUCAGAACGACAUUCGAGGCGAUAUUCUGCUCGAACUUGACCAGACCAUCCUCCAAGAGAUGGGUGUUACCAGCAUUGGUGAUCGUCUCAGGAUUCUGAAUGCUGUCAAGGUUCUUCGUCAGAAGUGCCAGACAUCCAGAUCGCCAUCGACACCGUCUGCUGAUCCUUCUCCUUCCUCUUCUUCACCAACAAGCACUCGCCCCGCACGCAGGCCAGGUGUUAGACCCGCCCCUCUUACCCUUCUUGCCAACAACAAGGACAAUCUACCAGCUUUGGUUCGAGAAUCUCCGGCUAUCCGGCCCCUUCCAAAUCCCGCAACCCAACCAGUCCCUAACACGACAGAUUCGACCGUAUCUUCAGCUCCCAAACCUCAUUCUGCUCGCGUCAACCUUCCUCCUCUACCUCCAAUCCCGCGCCACCAACCGCCACCACUGCCUUCGUCUCGUCCCCAAGCCAGACCACCUCACAACACUUCUCGCGAUCGCGAAGUACAUACACCAUCUAGCCCUUGGUCUGGGUAUCAUCUUCCCGCAGACCCUCGUCCUGGAAAUCUCGGAGGCGGAAAAACACCUCAAAUUACAUCUUUUCCUGCCAGAUCUACUUCCCCAUUACCGCCUGCGGGUGAUCGUUUAAAGGGAUCCUCGGGUUCGUCAUCCUCUCCGUCCACUUCAACAAAUAACCAUGGUAGGAGCGGCUCCGGAGGAUCCACUUCAAAACGAAAUGUACCUUCUACCGGAUCACAUCCCUACGCCUCUGCUUUACAUCCCCCGCACCCACCCCAUCAAGCACCUAACCUUUCUCCCAUACAAGAACAAUUUGGUGGCGCGUCUACCCCCGUCACACCUUCUGCUCCUUCCCAUCCCUACACAAUCGGUCGUGGACUGUUCAAUCUCCCUGUUCCUUCACACACCGCUGCUCCAUCUCUCGAUGACCUGCGGCGGAAACUUUGUAAAUUCUUCCUCCCAGAUGAAGGGCAAGGACUCACUUUUACUAUUGAUGUUGAUAGCUGCGCAGGGGGCGUAGAAAUCAUCGAAAAGGUUUUAAAGAAGUUUGGUAAAGGCGGUAACAGGAGUACCGAUACUGAUGGCGUUAUGGAUCACGUUACGACCGAAGGUGGGGGGCUGAAUGUCGACGGAUGGGGUGUUUACUUCAAUGAGGGGGCAAGUGAUCCGUUAUCUGAAGCAGAGCUCCUAACCAUCUGCCAUGCCCCAGCCGACCAUCCCACACGCGAGCACCCGCUGAUCUUGCGGCGCAUCGCCCGCCACAAGAAAUAUGAGCCGAAUUCACCUAUCAAAUUCAGUAAUGGGAGAAGUUUUGGUAACACGAAACGUGCCUCCUCUAUCAGUGUCCUCAGCGCCCUCGGUGUGCGUGACCCCGAACGUGCUCUCGAACCCCCGUCACCAACGCGUUCCGGCAUGACUAGUCCCACUCCAAGUUUAGGAGCGAAAGCACCCGCUCCGUCGUCCAAACGUCCUUCGAAACUGCGCAACUUCUUUGGUCAACGGCCACCAAGCGAGCUCAUCACAAAUAAUUUGACAGAAUUCUUCCCCAAUACUGAGAAGAAGGUGUUGGAGCGAACGGCACGAAACAGUAUGAUGUUCCGCUCGAAUACCAUGUCAUCUAGAAGAGAGAGCAUGGCGUCAUUUCCCACCAAUCUGCCGCAACCUUCGAGAUUUAGCAGCAGUACUCAAGGGUCAGGUACAGCUACCUCUCCCACGCGCACAUCAUUCUCUUCUGUGGCUCCUCCUCUUCCCGAGAAACCUGGGGCGAUCAAUACAAACGUAAAUGGAAGGUCACUGGAAUUAUCCACCCCAUCUUCGGACGAUGGCAUACCGCGAAUGUCAUUAUCCACAGAAGAUGGUCGGUCCGUUGAACUUUCGGGCGAGGACCAUGUCCAUCCACCAUCUAGUAGUGUGGAACCACAGCUAUUACCGCCCAUUCCUUUCCCAACGGAAUCGUUUUCGGAGUCACUCGAAAGUGCUAUAACACCUGGAGAAGUACAGCGAAUAUCACGCGCGUCCUCGAAUGCCUCUAGGUUCUCUAGAAGGAUGUCCUACAUGACCGAAUUACGGUCGAAGCGUGAUAAAGGGUCCGAUACGGCAAGCAUGAUGACAGUGGAUGAGAUCACAAAGGAAGUAGAAAAUCGAGUAGCAGAGAAGAGGGAUAGUAUCGCGUUGUCCGUUCACGUCAGCGAAGACACCUCGGAUGUUGACGGAGAGGAUUGGACUGAAGUAGAUGGAGAAGAAGGCGGAAAGGAGCUGGGCAGUGGAGAUGGCUUCCCCGACACACCGAUGGACGAAGCAGAGAAAGCCGGAGAUGACGAGUUCGAACCAGAUGAGUUGCCUGACGAGGACGAGGAUGAGGAAGACGUGGAAUCUGACGUGGAUGGAGCUCCCAGGAGAACGGGCAACAAGUGGAUUAAGGGAGCACUCAUUGGCUCAGGCUCUUUUGGACAGGUGUUUCUGGGAAUGGAUGCCUUGACCGGGACCCUCAUGGCUGUCAAACAAGUCGAACUGCCGAGUGGUUCAUCUGCAAACAUUGAACGUAAAAAGAGCAUGCUCAGCGCCUUAGAACACGAAAUAGAAUUACUGCAGGAUCUCCAACACGAAAACAUUGUUCAGUAUCUGUAUUCUUCCCUAGAGACUGAUUGCCUGAACAUCUUCUUGGAAUAUGUUCCUGGUGGGUCAGUUACGGCCCUUCUGCGUAAUUACGGUGCCUUUGAAGAGACUCUCGUGAAAAACUUUGUCCGCCAAAUUCUCCAAGGUCUUGAUUAUCUCCAUGAACGAGGCAUCAUUCAUCGAGAUAUCAAAGGGGCGAAUAUCCUUGUCGACAACAAAGGCGGCGUCAAGAUUUCUGAUUUUGGUAUAUCGAAAAAGAUGGACAUGCAAGCGUUAACAGGCAACCGAGCUCACAGGCCCUCGUUGCAAGGUUCUGUGUUUUGGAUGGCACCGGAAGUUGUCAAGCAAACAACGCACACAGAGAAAGCAGAUAUAUGGAGCGUCGGGUGUUUGGUGGUCGAAAUGCUGACAGGUGAACAUCCGUGGGCUCAAUUAAGUCAAAUGCAGGCCAUUUUCAAGAUUGGGUCCUCCGCAAAACCUACCAUCCCUUCGGACAUCACCUCAGAAGCUCAAGACUUUCUUAGCCGUACCUUUGAGUUAGAUCAUACCGCCCGACCGUCUGCUGCAGAACUCUUACAACAUCCUUUCAUUCCUUCCAAGAGGAAAUAGCGACUAUUCCGUGUUUUGCGCACUCUGUUAUACCUA